UUCUUAUGUCACUUCCUGUUGAAAUUGAAAAGCUAGAGAGGCUGAAACUGAAAGUAAGCAAUGUAAACGUAGUAGCUUUAGCAUGUCGCUCAGACUCUCUUGAUUGUGAUUCUACGACAGUUUACCAUUUUAUUUCAGUUGGAUGUUGUAAAUAUAAAGAAUAUGGAUCUUCAGAAGUUUCACAAGAUUGAUGAGAACCUGACCAGUAGUGAAGUGGCCCAGCUGAAGUUUCUGUGUAUGGACCUAAUUCCCAAGAAACGUUUGGAGACAGUGACUGAUGCCAAAGAACUGUUCCUACGACUGGACGAGCAAGCACUGCUUGAAGACGGGUUACUUGUCCCAGAGCUUCUGAUCACAAUUGGACGCCUUGACUUGCUUGGCAUCCUGAAAAUGUCCAAAGAUAAUGUGGAAAGAAAUUUGCUACAACGUGACGCAUCUAGUAAAGGUGUCUCAGCCUAUAGAAAAAUGCUAUUUCGUAUAUCUGAGGAUAUGACAGAAGAAAACUUUCGUGCAGUGAAGUUUCUUGUGGAAAUUCCAAGGGCAAAACUAGGAACAUCUGCUACAUUUCUAGAUGUUAUGAUUGAGAUGGAAAAGCUACAGAAGCUUGGGGAAGACAACCUGGAUGAACUUUACUGUAUUCUAGACAAAUGUGACAAACAGCUGGCCUGCAGGAUAGAGGAGUACAGGGCCCGGGAACAAGGAGGCAGACUUCCUCUACGGGAAGUGUUUGGUAAUGUGCAAGUUUCCUUUCCUGAUGAAAGUAUGCCAAGAUAUCAAAUGGAGACAGUACAUCUCUCACCAUGUUUUACCUUAGGGAGGAGGGACUCGGUUGUUACCGAUUCAGACACUGAACCCAGAACGGGGGAAUAUUAUAAUGUGACUCAGCUACCUCUUGGAUACUGUUUAAUCAUCAACAACUUCAACUUUAAAGAAAGGUCCUCAUUGACCAACCGGACAGGAACGGAUAAGGACAAAGAUGACCUCAGCAGAGUGUUUCGCAGAAUGCAUUUUGAGGUUGAGGUUCAGGAUGAUCUCACAGCUUCAGAUAUGAAGGAUGUGAUAAGGCACUUUGCAAACAGGGAUCAUACUCGUAUGGGUGCUUUUGUCUGCUGUGUCCUUUCGCAUGGAGAGAAGGGCACAGUGUUGGGUGUAGAUGGUGUAGAGGUUGAAAUCCGUGAACUCACAGUCCCUAUUGCUCAAUGUCGUACGCUAGCAUCCAAGCCCAAGCUUUUCUUCAUUCAAGCCUGUCAAGGAAAUGAGGGUCAGAAUGGUGUAUUGACAGCGGAUGCACCGGAAAACGCUACAGAAGAAGACCCAUAUGUUGAAGACGCUUAUAAUCCUGCAGCACACUCUAUUCCUAUAGAAGCUGAUAUGCUAAUUGGAAUGGCCACAGUAGAGCGUUACCAGUCUUACCGCCACACUAAAGACGGUUCUAUCUAUAUCCAGGAGCUCUGUAAUCAGUUGGAGAAUCUCUGCCCCAGAAAAGAGGAUAUCUUGUCCAUCCUGACAAAAGUAAACCGUGAAGUGAGUUUAAAAAGUUUGAGGGGCCGCAAGCAGAUGCCUGAACCUCGAUAUACCCUCACCAAGAAGCUGGUCCUGCCCAUGGACUGGGCGGAGAUUGGAAAUCUCAGAGCGCGAGAAAUCUCAGAUUGUCCUCCCUCCCUCCCUCUCUCCGUCCCUCCCUCCUUCCUUCCUUCCCUCUCCCUCUCCGCAAUCCAUUCGGCCAGUCAACUCAACUGGUUUAAAUAUCGUGUCAACAGACCCGGCAACAUCAAAAUAUUUCCUUCUAGAGUGGUCUGCAUUGUUUUUUUUUUAAACCAUUGUAGGUUUUUGGCUGAGAUGGGUAAAAUUGGGACUGCCAACAACAAAAAUCGGACAAGUCAGAGUAACAAGAAUGAGCGGAAGGUCAAAGCAUCAAAUAGAUCAAAAAGGAAAAAGGCUGUAAGGAGGAAUUCACAAGCAAACAAAGAAAACCUUCCCGAAUGUGUUCAAAAGACAAAUGUACCUAAAAGAAAGCGGGAGCCCCUUCAACCAACUGGCAAUAUUUCUGAUCAUUACCGUAAAAAGAAACGUGUGGUGUCAACACAGAAGGAAUUUUAUCCCAUGUCAAAUAGGCCUCUUGGAUAUUGUUUGAUCAUCAACAACUUUAACUUUGAGAGGACGUCACUUGGAAACCGGAGAGGGACAGAUAAAGAUAAAGAUGAUCUCACCAGAGUAUUUGAGAACAUGUUUUUCAAAGUUGAGGUGCAGGAUGAUUUGCAAGCGUCAGAUAUGCAGAAUGUGAUAAAGGAGCUUGCAGAGAGGGAUCACUCUCAGAUGGAUGCCUUUGUCUGCUGCAUCCUGUCCCAUGGAGAAAAAGGCUCUGUUCUGGGAAUAGAUGGAAAACCAGUAUCGAUCCGUGAACUCACACAGCCUUUUGCUGAAUGCCACACUCUAGUUAACAAGCCAAAGCUUUUCUUCAUUCAAGCCUGUCAGGGUAAUGAGACCCAGCAAGGUGUUUGGAUGACAGAUGGACAGGAGAACACUGGAGAAGAAGGAACAUUUGAGGAGGAUUCUUAUACUGCAGCAUCGCACGGUCUUCCUAAAGAUGCUGAUUUUCUCAUUGGAAUAGCAACGGUUGAGCACUACAGAUCUUUCCGCCACACAAAAGAUGGCUCCAUCUUUAUCCAGGAACUCUGCAAACAGCUGGAAAGUGGCUGUCACUUGAAAGAGGACAUAAACUCAAUUUUGACAAAGGUGAAUAGAAUAGUGAGCUCCAAAAUCCUUCAGGGUUGCAAGCAGAUGCCUGAGGUUCGCUACACUCUAACCAAAACACUGGUCCUGCCCAUGAAGCAAGACUCCUGAUUAGCUGCGGCUUGACAAUCUGGCAUCCAUCCAUCCCUUCCUCACUUGUGGGAAAAGUGCCUUUUGUAAUGCAUAUAGAAUUUUAAUCCUGAAAAGUAUGUACUGUUGACAGCUAGCGGUUGAAAUUGGUACUGCAUUCUAAAUUCAAACUAUUGGAGAAAUAAGUUUCUCCCUCCUCCUCGUCAAACUCAGUGCUCGCACUGGAUGCCAGGUUGAGGACAUGCAACAGGAGUGAGCGCAACUGACAAUGAAAGGCAACUUACAUUGCCUUACACUGUAAGUUGUUACGAUGAUUUAUCCAUAUUUUAAUAUACCUCUUUAUAGAGCUUUUUAGAUGGAUGCUGAGGCUUUUUAGGUCAGGUAGAAUCUGUGAUCACUGACCCAGUUUGUUUGCUGCAAGGCUGCAAUAUGCCUUGUUUUCUGCCAACUGGCAACCCUGGAUUUUAAAAUAUAGUUGGGUAUCAUACAGAUCAAAACAAAAACGGACAUUCAGACACAGAACGCACAUUUCAAAGUGGUAUAACUGAAUAUAGCAUUUUUCUUCAGAAAAACAAGUAUGAGAACUUAGAAUGUUUCCUAAAUAUCUGAAGACAUGGUAUUUUUUAUGCUUUAGUACAGUCAAAAAAAGGAUAACUGCACCUUUAAUUUGGAAUUCCAGUGUUGACCCGUGACCUUAUAAUUAUCUCCGGCUAUCAAUAUGACAUGGUUUAAGUAUAUGUGGAAUUCCAUCAUUGACCCAUGACGUCCAGAGGUAAUAUGUGACCCUGGACCACAAAACCAGUCAUAAGGGUCAAUUUUUCGAAAUUGAGAUUUAUACAUCAUCUGAAAGCUGAAUAAAUAAGUAAUAUCGUUUGUUAGGAUGGGACAAUAUUUGGCCAAGAUACAACUAUUUGAAUAUCUGGAAUCUGAGGGUGCAAAAAAAUCUAAAUAUAUUGAGAAAAUCACCUUUAAAGUUGUCCAAAUGAAGUUCUUAGCAAUGCAUAUUACCGGUACUAAUCAAAAAUUAAGUUUUGAUAUAUUUACAGUAGGAAAUUUACAAAAUAUCUUCAUGGAACAUGAUCUUUACUUAAUGUCCUAAUGAUUUUUGGCAUUAAAAAAAAUGAAUAAUUUUGACCCAUACAAUGUAUUUUUGGCUAUUGCUACAAAUAUACCCCAGCGACUUAAGACUGGUUUUGUGGUCCAGGGUCACAUAUGAGGAUUGAUUGAUUUUGAACCUUGACAGGUUAUUGUAUGUAUUGUUUUAUUUUUAUGGACAUAUUUAUGAGGUGAAUAGAAUAGUGAGCUCCAAAAUCCUUUAGGGUUGCAAGCAAAUGCCUGAGGUUCGCUACACUCUAACCAAAACACUGGUACUGCCCAUGAAGCGAGGCUCCUGCUUGGCUGUGGUAUGACAAUCUGGCAUCCAUCUAUCCCUUACUGCCUUGUGGGAAAAGUGCCUUUUGUAAUACAAAUAGAAUUUUAACCCUUAAAAAUAGAGUAUGAAUUAUUGACAGCUAGCAGUUGACAUUGGUACUGCAGUCUAUUGAAGAAAGCUUGCUCACACUGGUUGCCAGAUUGAGGACAUGCAACAGGAGUGAGCGCAAUUGACAAUGGAAGACAAUGAGCCUUACGGUGCUUUUCCACUGGUAGCGAGCGCUGCGGAGCGAGCUUUUUAAAUUAAUUCCUAUGGAAGUUGAGCUUAUUAAACGCUUGCGCGGUGCAUUAUGGGAUUGAAAGCGGCACAGACAAAGCGUUGAGAGCGGCUGAGAGCAUCAAAAAGAUUGGGCAUUCCUCGACUUUAUGCAAAUAUCGAGCGAAAAACGCCGCGCAACAACCAAUCGCUGUGAAAAGAGGAAGAUGAAACGCAAACAGGGUGUAAACAUUGUUUUUAGAGACGUGCUCUGCCCUAGGUGCAGUUAUGCUUUUUUUAAAAAAACAAAAAACUAAAGCAUAAAAAUACCAUGUUUGCCGAUAUUUAGGAAACAUGCUAAGUUUUCAUACUCGUUCCUCUGAAGAACAAUGCUAGGCUAUAUCCAGUUAUACCAUUUGAAAUUUGCAUUCUGUGUCUGAAUGUCUGUUUUUUUUUUUGGUCUGUAUGAUACCCAGCUAUAUUUUAACAUAGCUUUUGAAAGAAAUUUUUUUUACAUGCAGAAAAUAAUUUUUGUAAAGUUUUGUGUAAUAUGCACAUAUCUGCAAAAGUUCUGUAUUGUAAAUACCAGUUUGUAAUUAA